UGGUUGGUUGUUGUCGGCUGAUGGUUGACGAUAUUCUCCCUUCCCUGUGCCAACAACCCCCACAGGCACUUUAAAGAUUCAACCUUUUCGCCUCUUGCGAGGACAAUUGAAGCUGACAGACGGUACUGACAGAGAGAGACGCCAAGAUGAGCCUCGCGACAACCUCAAAGCUUGUGGAGAAGCUGAACCUGACGCCGCACCCGGAAGGCGGGUUCUACUCGGAGACCUUCAGGGACAACUCCAUUAUCCUCUCCACCUCUCAGCUCCCGCCUGAAUACAAGGUUGAUCGUCCUGUGAGCACAUCCAUCUACUUUUUAGUUCCAUCUGGGAGUGUGUCGCUCAUCCAUCGGAUUCCAAUGGCUGAAACCUGGCAUUUUUAUGUUGGAGAACCUCUUACUGUGUUUGAAUUAAAUGACAAAGAUGGAACUGUCAAGCUAACCUGCAUUGGACCUGACAUUGAAAAAGGCCAACAACCUCAGUACACAGUCCCAUCUUACGUGUGGUUCGGUUCCUUCCCAACAAAAGACUAUAGCAUUUCCUCGGAUGGGGCAGUAAUAAAAUCUGCGCCCAGAGAUGCUGAGAAGCAUUACUCUCUAGUUGGGUGCACUUGUGCUCCGGCCUUCCAGUAUGAGGACUUUGACCUUGGCAAGCGCUCGGAGCUUGUUUCUAAGUUCCCAAACAUGGCGGGCCUCAUCUCUCUGCUCACCUUGCGCGAGUGAAGGUCGAAUAUUCCAAUAUAUCACUUUCUGGAAGGGUCGCUUAGGCUACUCGGAUAAUAGGAAGGCUUUGGAUUGUAUGUGUGAUGAAUAAUCUGUGAACCUUCAAAGUGAACUUACAGUAGAGAGAAAUAAGAACCUUUCCCAACAUAUAAGGGCCCCUUUUUGCGGUAUCAUUCUUCUCCACA